CUUGAGAACGGCUCUAUGGAAGCUACUUGAAAGUUCUGGCUGCAUCGUCUCUCUCGUAUAUAAACGCGUUCCUGCUCCUUUCGUUGAUCAUCGAAGUGAAUUCAGCUAAAUUGAUCAUCAAAUUCGUACUCUAAAUCAAUCUUAACGGAAAUACAUAUUCAGAUUUGAGUCAAUUAUGUCUCUGAUUCCAAGCAUCUUCGGAGGUCGCCGGAGCCACGCUUCCGACCCAUUCUCUCUAGAUAUUUGGGACCCUUUCCAAGGCUUCCCGUUUUCCAACGCCGUCGGCUCUGCUCGCGAAACGUCGGCGUUUGCGAACGCGCAGAUCGACUGGAAAGAGACGCCAGAGGCGCACGUGUUCAAGGCGGAUCUGCCGGGGCUGAAGAAGGAGGAGGUGAAGGUGGAGGUGGAGGAAGGGAAGGUGCUGCAGAUCAGUGGGGAAAGGAGCAGGGAGCAGGAGGAGAAGAACGACCAGUGGCACCGCGUAGAGCGGAGCAGCGGCAAAUUCCUUCGGAGGUUCCGGUUGCCGGAGAAUGCCAAGGUGGAUCAGGUGAAGGCUUCAAUGGAGAAUGGGGUGCUCACUGUAACUGUUCCCAAAGAGGAAGUGAAGAAGCCCGAAAUCAAAUCCAUUGAGAUCUCUGGUUAGACCUCUGCUAUGAGAAGUUCAGCCUAUCCUCUGCGAUCUUUUGAGUAAAAGAAAAAGGAAUAAGGAAUGUGUUGUGGUCAAAGACAGUGAUUAAUGUCAAGUGUAUGCCAUUUUAUGUUUGUGUCAAUUUUCUCAAUUAAUCUGAGCUGUGUCCUAUCCUCAUUUCGUUGAAAAUAAAUAAAAAAGGUUAAUUUGGGUACUAUCCACUUAAUUAUUACUAAUAAAGUGAAA